AUGAAUGCUACCUGUCAUCGACCAGAUACACAAAUUCGAACAAGAAUGUAUGCAGAUAAACGAGCAGCUAUGGCUGCACAUUGCACAGAACAUUUGGAACAACAAUGUGCACUUGACUGUGAUAAUAAUCACUCGAACAAUAAACAGAAAGAAAUGAUGAUGAUGAAUAUGCCAAAAGCAGUUCAUCAACCUUGUCAUCCAUGUUGUGCAUGUGAUGAAGCUAAAUUUCAAUUUACAUUUCAAGAACAUCUUCUUCAUUGGUCUAUGGCUGCACAUUGCACAGAACAUUUGGAACAACAAUGUGCACUUGACUGUGAUAAUAAUCACUCGAACAAUAAACAGAAAGAAAUGAUGAUGAUGAGUUAGUUUAAAUGAAGAAAAAC